CGCAACAAUAAAAUCCUAUUUAGCGACUCUCCCACUACACGCUUCUUACGCUGCCACCCAACCGACCUUCUCUUCCUUCCCUUCCCGCUCUCACCAAACCUAACACCUCCUCCUUUUCUAUAGGUCAAAAACGUGAAGAACAUUUGGGGUUUACGACUGUAAGUAUGCGUGUUUUUUCUUUCUUUUCUUCGUAAUUUUGUGAGUUUAGUUUAGUAUAGAGUUAUAGAGACACUGGAUCGAUGGGGUUUAAUGAUAAAUACAACAAUGCUGGUGGAAGCGACCCGGAUUUUGGUGCAAUCUUUAUGUCAAACAGUGGAACAAAACGAGAAUGUUUAAGGAGUGGGUUAUUUGGGCUUCCGUCUUCUUAUAUUCCGUUUGUUGAGAAGAUUAAAGCUGGGACAACUUUGUUUUUGUUUGAAUAUGAGAAGAAACUACUUCAUGGUGUUUUCAUGGCUACUUGUGAUGGAGGUGUCAAUAUUGUUCCUAACGCAUUUGCUUCGACAGGGAUGAAAUAUCCUGCUCAGGUUAAAUUUGUUCCAAUUUGGGAAUGUAAGCCACUCCCUGAAAAGAUAUUCCGCCAUGCAAUCAGAGAGAAUUACUUUUCCAGUAACAAGUUUAGCUUUGGGCUAUCUGAAAAUCAGGUUGAAAAACUUUUACAUUUGUUCAACAUGAACAAGCUAGAACCAGAGGUUCCUAGGAGACAUAUGUCGAAAGGAGAAGAUAUGAGAUCAGAACGCUACUCAGUGGGUAAAGUUGGAAAAUCUGUUGGUCGUGGAAUGCUUGAUGAAAGAGUUCAAGAUGAUCAUGUUUUGGGAGAUGGUAGUUUACCCUUCUUGAUGCAUAACUACCCAGGAGAUUCUGCACGCUUCAAUGAAUUCAGUACAGAUGAUAUUUUAAUAAGCAAACGAAGAAGGUCUUCGGAGCUUGGAGUGGAUUAUACAAGUGGAGAUGCUCGUGAUUAUUUGCAUUCAAAAGAUGAAAGAAGACUUGCAGCACGCAACAAUAAAGGUGGAAGAUCUAUUGCUCGUGGAAUGCUAGACGAAAUUGUUAAAGAUGAUCAUGUUGUGGGUGAUACAAAUUUACCCGUCUUGAUGCAUAACUACCCAAGAGAUUCUCCACGCUACAAUGGAUUCGGUGCAGAUGAUAUUUUAGUAAACAAACGGAGAAGGUCUUCGGAACUUGGAGUGGAUUAUAGAAGUGGAGAUGCUCGUGAAUAUUUGCAAUCAAAAGAUGAAAGCAGACUUGCUGCACGCAACAAUGAAGAUUAUAUAGAUAACUAUAACUAUGCUGCCAAGCUCCCGCUGGAUACUGCAAGCGGAUAUGUUGGCGAUUAUUCGGCAAUAAGAGAUUACAGCAGGUUUUCCUCCUACGAGAACAAAGAUUAUACCGAUACACAUAUCAGGCCAUACACCAUAGAUGGAUACUCCAAAUUUCCUUCUGACAAAAUUAGAGUUCAUGGUGAUGGCAGGUCAUCAGUUAGUGACCGGCUGAUGGGUGAAGACCUAAGAAAGACUAAUGAGAUGAUAUUUUCGGAUGAUAUUCCUAGUUUACGUGGUUCCAAUGUCGAUUUGCCUGUCUACAGCAAACCUAAUUUAGAACAAAAUUCUUUGGUUGAAAACCAUCUCAGGUCAACUUCUGCUAUGAUUCACCCAUUUGAUCUAAACAAUUCUUAUGCACCACAAGGAAGUGAGAGUUCUAUCCCGUACAAUUCAGAAGCUCCUAGCUUCUCGUCUUUUGGAAUUGAUCAUGGUUCUGAGUCAAUGAGACCGCCAGGAGACGAGAAUUCUGUCCUGUACAAUUCAGAAGCCCCUGGCUUAAACUUCAGACAAUUAUCGUCGUUUGGAAUUAAUAGUGAUUCUGAACCAAUGGGAGAAAGAUUUUCUCCUUCAACCAACUGCCGAAGGAAUUUAGUGAGUAAGGAACGACUCAUGCAUACAGAACUGAAAGACAGUCACAGAUGGAACAGUAUUGAUGAUUGUUUUUCAAAUUCUGUAUUGUAUGGUAGUAACAGGGAUUGCACGCCUUUCAACGAAGCUCGAAAUUCUGACCAGUUGGCAUCAGAAUCUGCUUUAUACGAGGCACGCAACACCAUUCCUUCCUUUAAGUCUUCACCAGCUCCCAUCCCUUCGGAUAUUGGAAACAGUAGAAGAACACAUGAACCGUAUUCUUCAUUAUUCCAUGGCCACAAUUCAUAUGUAGACAAUAAUGUUCAUCCCACGUCAUUGCAAAACUAUCUGAGUCAUGAGAUAACACUACCAAAAAACAAUGAAACACCAAAUCCAUAUGUUGAUUCAUUGCCAUUGGAUCAUGGAUAUGAUAUUGGAUGCUAUAGUGAUUCUCAAAAUAGCAAUUACGGUCAUCCAAAGAGAAAAAGUAGUGUGUUUUCUCGUUUAUCUGUUGUCCAGGAUGUUAGCAAACAAGUAAAGGGAAACAAUGCACAGAAUGAAGAAUAUGAUUUCAUUACUUCCGUUGAUGAAGUGAUGGAAAUGGUUCGUCAGACAAAAAGAAAGCCAAAGCACAGUCAACACAACAAUGCAGAAAGUUUAAGGGGUAAAACUCAAAUCAGUAGUCAGAGGAAGAAGAAUGAUUGCUUUGAAAGUGCAUUGGAACACAACAAGGAUGAAAGUUUGAGGAAUAAAACUCAAAUGAGUAGUCCGAGGAAGAUGAGAGACUGCUUCGAAGAUGCCUUGGAACACAAUGAAGAUGAAAGUUUGAGGAAUAAAACUCAAAUCAGUAGUCUGAAGAGAAAAAAGAAGGGGGAUUGCUUGGAAAAUGCCUUGGAAGAUCUAAAUAUGGAUUCCACAACUGUGACUGGAGGCAGUCCUAAAACAAAAGCUGAUAAGGCACAUUUUGUUAAUUUCAAGCGUCGAAGCAUGGUGAGAAAACAUAAUAAUGACAUUGAGAGAAGCUCCAAUGAGAGUAAAAGGAGUGAGAACUUGGUGCUUGUGCAACAGAAGAAAAGAAAGUUAAUCCGACCAAAUUUCAACAAGAGUGCAUCUUUUGAAGAGAAAGACCUUGGCGCUUCUCGAAAUUUACAACUACCAUUGCCAAAUGGAAUCUGUAGUCAUAAAGAUGUUGUUGAAAGCUGUAGUACACUGGUGAGCCAGUGUGGUUAUGAUGUUAAAGCAGAGGCUGAAGUGCAAAAUGUCAUUGAUCCUACACAUUCUGAAGGCAAGAAUAGUAGUCAUGCUACAGAAUUUAUCUGUAGUAAAGAGGGAGAAAAGUCAAAUUUUCAAAAUGUUGUCACCUCAGCUUCUUGCAAUAAGGAGAGUUCUCGUACCCAGGAAAAUCCAUGCAUAAUGGAUAAUGUAAAGUCAGCAUCUCGGGAGAUGGAAUGUUUGCAUGCAAUUUGUCAAGAAAAAGCAAAUGUGGGCACCCUUUGUUCAUUAAAUGAUAGGUCAGAAUGUAGGGAUAACAAAAUUCACCAAAAGGUUUUGUCCUCAGCUUCUUUCAAAGAAGAGAGUUCUCAUGCCAAUGAAGGUUCAUGUCCGAUGGAUAAAAAGAAACCAGCAUCUCUGGAGAUGGAAUCCUUGCAUGCAAUUUGUCAAGAAAAAGCAAACGUUGACACCCUUCCGGUAUUAAAUGAUGUAUCUGAAUGUGCCCAUAACAAAAAUCACCAAAAUAUUUUUUCCCCAGCUUCUUGCAAAGAAGAGAAUCCCCAUACCAAGGAAGGUUCAUGCAUGAUGGGUAUCGUAAAGUCUGCAUCUUUGGAGACACUGCGUGGAAUUUGUCCAGAAAAAGAAAGCAUUGGCACCCUUCCUCCAUUAAAUGAUGGACCAGAAUGUGUGGAUAACAAAAAUCACCUAAAGGUUUUGUCCUCAGCUUCCUGCAAAGAAGAGAGCUAUCAUACCAAGGAGGAGGGUUCGUGUAUGAAGGAUAGUAUAAAAUCAGCAUCCAUGGAAACAAAAUCAUUGGAUGCAAUCUGUCAAGAAAAUAAUGCAGAUAAGUUCAUAUGUGCUGACAGAGGUAUUGAUGCUGAUGGCGAAAUGCCAAAAGAUUGUGGCUUCUUCUCCAUUGAUGCUAAAGAUGGAUCUGAAUAUUUAGGUAACUCUGGUAGUGAAAAAGCUCCAAUUGAAACUUGUCACGUUGAGGCUUGCAUAUAGAAUCAGUACCUUUAGGCACAUAUCACUGCAUUCAACUUGUCAUGAGUACCACUUAGAUAAGAUCAUAUGUGCUGGCAGAGGUAUUGUAAUACUGAAAAAUGAAUUUCAACAGAUGGCAACAACUCCUUUUCUACCGAAGUUAAAGACGGGUCUCUCUAGUUUUCAAUAUUCCAGGUCUGUCUACUUUUCACUAUUUCAGGUCUGCCUACUUCUCAAUAUUCAGAGUCUGUCUACUUUUUAAUACUCCGGCAGUGACAAUGCUCCCCAGUUGCUACUUGUGAACAAAAGGUGACUUGAGUGUGCGUCAGUAUCUCACCUGUGGCAAUCUCAAAUCUCUAUGACUGGUAGAAGGUUCAGAAUCAUGUGAAGACGUCCUGAGAAUUGCUGACAGAUCUCACUGAUGGUUUGGAGAGGUAGUAGUUUUUUUCUUUAUUUUAUAGAUUUAGAGGUUGUAGUUAGUAGUAGAAGCAUCAUAAUUUGUCUAAAGUGAGUAACCCAAGAAAGUGAGGACUAGUAUCAGUUGUUGAUGAGCCCCAAUUAAUAGAUGAUGUUAUAAGCGUUUGUCAUCCAAAUCAAGGGUAUAGCUGAAGCAUUGACCCUUGAUUUUUUUUUCUUUUCAUUUUAUAAUUCUGCUCAAGUUUAUUGUAUUUGGAGACCCCACUUUUCCCGGUGUUGCUUUUUGUCUGUUCCAAAGCUACAACUAUGUUAUUAGCUUUGAGUCGAUACUCUAUUCCUCCAAUGUAGAAGAACAAUGUUCUGUUUAAUUAUGUCGGGUUUUUUAGUUGGAAUCAUUUAUGAUUAUAGUUCUUCGAUAUUUUUUCGAGUGAUUUUAGUUAUAAUUUUUAAUUUGAACAAUUUUUGACAUUUUAUUGGUAUAAUUAUAUCUUGUUUAAAUAGGUUUACCCAUAAAUCUUUACUGAAAAUAUUAAUAUUUGUGAAUUGGAUUGUAAUUGUAAUAUAAUAAUACUCACAACA